GCCGAGCGCGGCCGCCAGCGAGCCGGAGCCGCCGCCGCCGCCGCCCCCCGCCGCCCAGGCCCGCGCGCGGCGCGGCGCUCGACCCCGCCCGCGCCGCCGCCGCCCCUCCGCUGCCGCGCUCGGAGGCGGGCGCGCGGGCGGGCGCAGGGAGGCCGGCGCGGCGGCCCGGACCGGGCGCAGGCGGCGGCGGCGGCGGCGGCGGCGGCGGGGUCGAGGCGGCGAUGCGGGUGCGCGGCCGGGGGCGACUGCCCCGGCGGCUGCUGCUGCUGCUGGCGCUCUGCGUGCAGGCGGCGCGGCCCAUGGGCUAUUUCGAGCUGCAGCUGAGCGCGCUGCGGAACGCGAACGGGGAGCUGCGGAGCGGCGCCUGCUGUGACGGCGACGGCCGGACGACGCGCGCGGGGGGCUGCGGCCGGGACGAGUGCGACACGUACGUGCGCGUGUGCCUGAAGGAGUACCAGGCCAAGGUGACGCCCACGGGGCCCUGCAACUACGGCCACGGCGCCACGCCCGUGCUGGGCGGCAACUCCUUCUACCUGCCGCCGGCGGGCGCUGCGGGGGACCGAGCGCGCGCGCGGGCCCGGGCCAGCGGCGACCAGGAGCCGGGCCUCGUCGUCAUCCCCUUCCAGUUCGCCUGGCCGCGCUCCUUCACCCUGAUUGUGGAAGCCUGGGACUGGGACAACGAGACCACCCCCGAUGAGGAGCUGCUGAUCGAGCGGGUGUCGCACGCCGGCAUGAUCAACCCCGAGGACCGCUGGAAGAGCCUGCACUUCAGCGGGCACGUGGCCCAGCUGGAGCUGCAGAUCCGCGUGCGCUGUGACGACAACUACUACAGCGCCACCUGCAACAAGUUCUGCCGGCCCCGCGACGACUUCUUCGGCCACUACGGCUGCGACCAGUACGGCAACAAGGCCUGCAUGGACGGCUGGAUGGGCAAGGAGUGCAAGGAAGCUGUGUGUAAACAAGGGUGUAAUCUGCUCCACGGGGGAUGCGCUGUGCCUGGGGAGUGCAGGUGCAGCUACGGCUGGCAGGGGCGGUUCUGUGACGAGUGCGUCCCCUACCCUGGCUGCCUGCACGGCAGCUGUGUGGAGCCCUGGCAGUGCAACUGUGAGACCAACUGGGGCGGCCUGCUGUGUGACAAAGACCUGAACUACUGCGGCAGCCACCACCCCUGCACCAACGGGGGCACCUGCAUCAAUGCGGAGCCCAACCAGUACCACUGCACCUGCCCCGAGGGCUACACGGGCAAGAACUGCGAGCGGGCGGAACACGCCUGUGCCUCCAACCCGUGUGCCAAUGGGGGCUCCUGCCACGAGGUGCCGUCCGGCUUCGAGUGCCAGUGCCCAUCGGGCUGGAGCGGGCCCACCUGUGCCGUGGACAUUGAUGAAUGUGCCUCGAACCCAUGUGCGGCGGGUGGCACCUGUGUGGACCGAGUGGACGGCUUUGAGUGCAUCUGCCCGGAGCAGUGGGUGGGGGCCACCUGCCAGCUGGACGCCAAUGAGUGUGAAGGGCGGCCUUGCCUUAACGCUUUGUCUUGCAAAAACCUGAUUGGCGGCUAUUACUGCGAUUGCCUCCCGGGCUGGACGGGCGCCAACUGCCACAUCAACGUGAAUGACUGCCACGGCCAGUGUCAGCACGGCGGCACCUGCAAGGACCUGGUGAACGGGUACCGGUGUGUGUGUCCACGCGGCUUCUGGGGCCAGCACUGUGAGCUGGAGCGGCAGGCCUGCGCCAGCAGCCCCUGCCACGGCGGUGGCCUCUGCGAGGACCUGGUGGACGGCUUCCGCUGCCACUGCCCCAGAGGCCUCUCUGGGUCCCUCUGCGAGGUGACUGUGGACGUGUGUGAGCCUAGUCCCUGCCACAACGGGGCUCGCUGCUACAGCUUGGACGGCGACUACUACUGCGCGUGCCCCGAGGACUUCGGUGGCAAGAACUGCUCGGUGCCCAGGGAGCCGUGCCCCGGCGGGGCCUGCAGAGUGGUGGACGGCUGCGGGUUUGAGGUGGGGCCCGGGGCGCCCGGCUUGGCGCCCCCCGGCGUGUGCGGCCCCCACGGACACUGCAUCAGCCAGCCCGGGGGCAGCUUCUCGUGCGUCUGCGACAGCGGCUUCACAGGCACCUACUGCCACGAGAACAUCGACGACUGCCUGGGCCAGCCCUGCCACAACGGCGGCACCUGCAUCGACGAGGUGGACGCCUUCCGCUGCUUCUGCCCGAGCGGCUGGGAGGGGGAGCUCUGUGACACCAAUCCCAACGACUGCCUCCCCGACCCGUGCCACAGCCGCGGCCGCUGCCACGACUUGGUCAACGACUUCUACUGCGUCUGCGACGACGGCUGGAAGGGCAAGACCUGCCACUCGCGUGAGUUCCAGUGCGACGCCUACACCUGCAGCAAUGGCGGCACCUGCUACGACAGCGGCGACACCUUCCGCUGCGCCUGCCCCCCGGGCUGGAAGGGCAGCACCUGCGCUGUGGCCAGGAACAGCAGCUGCUUCCCUAACCCCUGCGUGAACGGGGGCACCUGCGUGGGCAGCGGCGACUCCUUCUCCUGCAUCUGCCGGGACGGCUGGGAGGGCCGCACCUGCACUCACAACACCAACGACUGCAACCCCCUGCCGUGCUACAACGGUGGCGUCUGCGUGGACGGCGUCAACUGGUUCCGCUGCGAGUGUGCGCCGGGCUUCGCAGGUCCUGACUGCCGCAUCAACAUCGAUGAGUGCCAGUCCUCGCCCUGUGCCUACGGGGCCACCUGUGUGGACGAGAUCAACGGCUACCACUGCAGCUGCCCGCCAGGCCGGGCUGGGCCUCGGUGCCAGGAAGUCGUCGGGUUCGGGAGAUCCUGCUGGUCGCGGGGCACGCCGCUCCCACACGGCAGCUCCUGGGUGGAGGACUGCAACAGCUGCCGCUGCCUGGAUGGCCGCCGGGACUGCAGCAAGGUGUGGUGCGGGUGGAAGCCGUGCCUGCUGGCAGCCGAGUCCAACAGACCGGACACCCAGUGCCCGCCAGGACAGCAGUGCCGGGAGAGGGCUGAGGGCCAGUGCCUGCAGCCGCCCUGCGCCGCCUGGGGGGAGUGUGGUGCCGAGGAGCCCCUGCUGCCCGGCACCCCCUGCCUGCCGCGCUCCGGCCACCUUGACAACAACUGCGCCCGCCUCACGCUGCGCUUCAACCGCGACCAGGUGCCCCAGGGCACCACCGUGGGCACCAUCUGCUCUGGGAUCCGCUCCCUGCCGGCCACCAGGGCCGUCGCCCGGGACCGCCUGCUGGUGCUGCUGUGUGACCGGUCCCCCUCGGGGCCCAGCGCUGUGGAAGUGGCUGUGUCCUUUAGCCCCGCGCGGGACCUGCCCGACAGCAGCCUGAUCCAGAGCGCGGCCCACGCCAUCGUGGCGGCCGUCACGCAGCGCGGGAACGGCUCGGUGCUGCUGGCGGUCACCGAGGUCAAGGUGGAGACCGUGGUCGCGGGCGGCCCCUCCACAGGCCUGCUGGUGCCCGUGCUGUGCGGCGUGUUCAGCGUGCUGUGGCUGGCGUGCGUGGCACUGUGCGUCUGGUGGACGCGCAAGCGCAGGAAAGAGCGGGAGCGGAGCCGCUUGCCGCGCGAGGACGGAGCCAACAACCAGUGGGCGCCGCUGAACCCCAUCCGCAACCCCAUCGCGCGGCCGGGCCCCCACAAGAACUUCGCGCCGCGGCCGCGGGGGGCGGGCGGCGGCGGCGGCGGCG